CUCUACCUACACAGCUGCCCUUGCCGGGAAGAAGCUCCCCACCCCCACCAAACCCAAGCCCCGCGCGGUGGUCGCCAUGGCCAUCCACCUCCGCGCGCACGCCUUCGCGGCCAACCCGCUGCGCGGCCUCUCCGCCUCGGCCGCCGUAUCACCCUCCGCCGCCGCCGAGGCCCUCCGCUCCCUCCUCGACCCCGGCUCCGCCUCCGCCCCCUCCGCGGACGCCGCCCACUCGCACCCGCACCUCUCCAAGAUCCUCCCUUUCCGCCGGGGCCGCCCGCUCGCGCGCUCCCCGGACCAUCCCCCGGCCGCGGCGCCGGCCUGGAGCCUCGCGUGGCUCCCGCCCUCGCGCGUUCCCGGGGUGCCCCCGGAUGCCUUCGUCUUCCUGGGCGCGCACGGCGAGGGGGACGGCAAGGAGGCCGCGGCGUACUGGGCCAUCGACGUCGGCGAGGGAGAGGGUUUGAGGGUCUCCGGCGGUGGGGACGGGGAUGGGUCGACGUAUGUGGACUUGAGGACGCUCAUGGUGGCCACGGAUUGGAGCGACAAGGACGCCAUGGGGGAGCUUGCCAUCGCCGGACAUGCUCGGGCACUGCUCGAAUGGCAUAAUACUGCAAAAUUUUGUGGGGCGUGUGGAGCAAGGGCUGUUCCUACUGAAGCUGGAAGGCGAAAACAGUGCAGCAAUGAGUCCUGCAAGAAGAGGAUAUAUCCUCGAGUGGAUCCAGUUGUGAUUAUGUUGGUCAUUGAUAAAGAAAAUGAUUGCGUGCUCUUAAGCCGCCAGUCAAGAUUUGUACCUCGUAUGUGGAGCUGUCUUGCUGGUUUUAUAGAGCCAGGAGAAAGCAUGGAAGAGGCAGUGAGAAGGGAAACGUGGGAGGAAACUGGUGUUGAAGUUGGGCAAGUCAUUUAUCACAGUUCUCAACCAUGGCCUGUCGGGCCAAAUACUAUGCCAUGCCAACUGAUGGUGGGUUUCUUUGCUUAUGCUAAAUCGUUGGAGAUACGUGUAGACAAGCAAGAGCUUGAAGAUGCCCAAUGGCACAGCCGUGAAGACAUCAAGAAAGCGCUGACUUUUGCCGAAUACGAGAAAGCUCAGAGAACAAACGCUCUCAAGGUCAAUCAGAUGUGCAAGGGUGCAGAAAAAGGGCAGAGCCUCUCUGCUGACCUAAACGUGGAAACUGGCGAACCUGCUCCAAUGUUCGUCCCAGGACCCUUCGCCAUUGCUCAUCACCUUAUUUCAUCGUGGGCUUUGGAAGGAGCACCAAAGCUGCCUAGCUCCUUCUCAAAUCUAUGAGAAACUAUUAUUUAGUUCCAUUAGACGGCAGGAUAGCGAAUUGGGUCCUUGGAGGCACAUACUUCAUGCAUAUCUUACAUCCUUGUGAGUGUAGUGUUUCGCGGAUUCGAAACGUCUCGACUUCGAAUUUGUAUUUGAAACUGUGUAUGUAAUAUUGCGGGCGUGUCAGUAUACAGAGUAUACAAAAGACAGGAGAAUGUAAUAAUCGAAAACAUGUAACUUUAUUCAUUCAUGUCGAAAUCAUAAAGUACAGUUUGUCA